CUGACCCGGGAAGGAGAGGCGAGGGAACGGGUCCGAGCCGCGCUCCCUCCCGGGAAGCGAUGUCAGCCUCCUCGUGCUUCACCGUCUGUGCUGGCCAAUAUGGCAACGUGCGUGGCUGUCUACCGCUGGAAGCUAGAGUGAGGUGGAUGCCCAUCACUGUACAGAUACUAUAUGGACAGUCCAAGUUCAGUUUAAGGCGAUAUGGUUUUACCUCUGCCGUAAUAGUGCAAAAGCCGCCAUGGACAACAUGGAAACAAAUGGGCAUGGCUGUCCCAGCAAAGCUUCACUGGCCUGUAGAUCCAGCCCCUGGAUCGGCGUAUGAACCGGGAUUAGAGGCAUGUAAGAGUGUCCAGGUAGAAACUGCUUCUUGUUGGAAGAUGAAGGAUGAAGGAAGACAUAGAGUGCUAGGAGGCUGGGAUGCAGAUGGAAAAGGCCCUAGUGUCUGGGACACAUUCACCCAUCAGGGAGGAGGGAGAGUUUUCAAGAACCAGACUGGCGAUGUAGCUUGUGGCAGCUACACUCUGUGGGAGGAAGAUUUGAAAUGUGUCAAACAGCUUGGAUUGACUCAUUACCGCUUCUCUCUUUCCUGGUCACGUCUGUUACCUGAUGGGACGACAGGUUUCAUCAACCAGAAAGGAAUUGACUAUUACAACAAGAUGAUUGAUGAUUUGUUAGCAAAUCGGGUUACGCCCAUAGUGACGCUCUACCACUUCGAUUUGCCUCAGGCCUUAGAAGACCAAGGAGGUUGGUUGUCAGACACCAUCAUUGAGUCCUUUGAUGAAUAUGCCCGGUUUUGCUUCAAGACUUUGGGGGAUCGAGUCAAGCAGUGGAUCACCAUCAAUGAGCCUAAUAUGUUUGCCCUGCUGACCUAUGAUCUAGGUGUAUUCCCUCCUGGGAUAUCUCACCUGGGGACUGGAGGCUAUCAGGCGGCUCAUAAUUUGAUUAAGGCCCACGCCAGAGCCUGGCACAGCUAUGAUUCCUUAUUCCGAAAAGAGCAGAAGGGUGUGGUGUCCCUAACAUUCUUUUGUGGCUGGGUGGAACCAGCAGAUCCCAGCUCCAUGUCUGACCAGGAAGCUGCGAAAAGAGCCUUGGCUUUUCACUUGGAUCUCUUCGCUAAACCCAUCUUUAUUGAUGGCGAUUACCCAGAAGUUGUCAAGUCCCAGGUUGCCUCCAUGAGUAAAAAGCAAGGCUUCGCAUCCUCAAGGCUUCCAGAAUUUACGGACGAAGAGAAGAGAGCCAUCAGAGGCACAGCUGAUUUCUUUGCUGUGCAGUAUUAUUCCAGUCGCCUAGUCAGGUACCAGGAGAACCUCAAGGGGAAACAGGGUAUCCUGCAGGAUGUGGAGCUAGAAAUGUUCCCAGACCCAUCCUGGGUCAGUGUGGACUGGGUCUCUGUGGUGCCAUGGGGAUUGCGCAAACUACUGAAAUACGUCAAGGAUACGUAUAAUAACCCUGUAAUUUACAUCACCGAGAAUGGGUUUCCCCAGGGUGACCCCACAUCUCUUGAUGACACUCAACGCUGGGAGUAUUUCAGGCAGACAUUUCAGGAACUGUUCAAAGCUAUCCAACUUGAUAAAGUCAAUCUUCAAUUAUAUUGUGCAUGGUCUCUUCUGGACAACUUCGAGUGGAACCAGGGGUACAGCAUUCGGUUUGGUUUCUUCCAUGUUGAUUUUGAAGAUCCAGCUAGACCCAGAGUUCCUUACGCAUCAGCCAAGGAGUAUGCCAAGGUCAUUCGAAACAAUGGCUUAGAGGGACAUCUAUAGAAAAAAUGGCUGGGCAGGAUCACCUGGAGAAGAGGCCUCUGCUUUGAGUCCCUCAGACAACCUCAAGUUGCCUCUGUAAUCAACAGGUCCUCCCAGCUGAUCCUGGGUUGUGAAGUCUGAAUAUGAUGGCUGGGGUGUAGUCAGUGAUGUCCUUUCCUCUGUGUACAUUUGGAUCAAUGAGGAUUUUUAAAAUAGAAUAGAAAACCACUGGAGUUGAUUUUUAUAUAAAGAAGUCAGAUAGACUUAGGAACUUCUAUGUAAAUUCUUUAAAUUUUUCUAGAAAAAAUAAUGCAAAAUUUAUUUUUGAUUUGCA